AACAGAAGCUCUAUUAUUUGCACAUCCCUUAUAGCUUUGACACCUUCAAACUGCCCUGUAAUCUCAAGUCUUUCAAAAGACAGAGGAGGCAAGAUGAAGAGGUCCUUGUUCUUCUGUGGUCUUCUGGCUGGGCUUUGUGGGGUUAUUCUUGUGACCGCUCAGUAUGAAGAUGAAGAGGAAGAGAGAAUUCUUGUUGACAACAAGUGUAAAUGUGUACGAGUGACUUCCAGGCUAGUUCCUUCUAAAGAUGAUCCAAAUGAGAAGGUUUUGGAGAGAAACAUUCGACUCAUAGUACCUCUGAAGAACAGAGAGAACAUCUCUGAUCCCACUUCUCCUGUGAGAACCCGCUUCAUAUACCGGCUGUCUGACCUCUGUAAAAAGUGUGACCCCACCGAAGUGGAGCUGGGCAAUGAGGUGGUCACUGCCAGCCAGAGCAGUAGCUGUGAUGAAAGCAGUGAGACCUGUUACACUUACGACAGAAACAAGUGCUACACGUCUACUGCCUCUCUUUAUCUGGGAGGGGAGACCCGAAUGGUGACAACAUCGCUGAACCCAGAGUCCUGCUACGCCGACUAAUUGACAGCCUCCACUGACCGAAAUAUGCACCUCCUGGCAUAGAGCUCUCUGCUUCUCCCUCAAAACAACAUUUUCAUGAUCAGCAAGCACAUGGCCAUUUCUUGUCCUAUUUUUCUUUCUAGGUAAAAGCAAAAAUUGUAACUUAAUGAAAAAACCUAAUUAAUAUUAAAACAUUGAAAUCCCUGCAUUGCCAUCUGUUAUGGGAAAUAUCUUGUGUCUUGCUUUCAUCCAGGGUCUGCACUGGAUAAUGCAGAAUUGUCUUCUUCUUUUUGAGUAAAAAAUAUUUGAAGGAUCCUCAAGUUAUUUUUAAAAUUCUGGUCUGAAAUAAUCCAUGUUGUGACUAAUUAAUCUUUAAGCAAUAUGUAUUUCUAGAAAUGUGUCCUCUAGCAUUGUUUUAAAAAUUAAAUCAUUUCAGAA